CUUUUUUGUUUCAAAAAAAUAGUCCAACUUGAGCUCCAUUUGUGAAUCGGAUUCGUGAAUCGGCUUGGCUCGGCGCUCCCUCCUCCCGCCCACGACACCAACCUCCACCCCAAAACCCCCCAAACCCUCGCCGCCCGCCGGCGAUCGCGGUGGUCGGCGAGGAGGGCAAUGCGGCGCUGGAAGGAGAACGCCUCCCCUCCCCACCACCUCCACCCCAGCGGCUCCUCGUCCCUCCUCCCCUGCAAGCGCCCUCCCCCUUCCCCUCCGCCUGGGGCUGCGGCGCAGUCCCCGCGCCGGCCGCUCGCCGACGUCACCGGCAGCUCCCUGCGGCAGCGGGGGUCCGGAGGGGAAGGAUGUGGGUACGGGUAUGGGUACAGCACCCCCGCCUCGAAGGCGUCCAGCUCCUGCGGGUUCCUUCCCGACGACGACGACGACGACGACGAAGGCAUGGACGAGGCGUUCCUGCGGGAGGUCGACGCCAUGUGCGAGGAGCACGAGCGGUCCUCGGCCAGGAAGGACAAGGAGGCUGUCGAAGCGUCGGCCUCGAUCGCCUCCGGACCAGAGGGCGGAGCGUCUGGAGAUGCAUUGCAGAAGGAGAAGAAUGCCAUUUGCGAGGAAGGUGAUGGUCAGCCUGUUGCCAUGAGACAGGAAGAAAUGGAGGAGACGGAUGAAGAAGAUAUGUCUGAGUUGUGGUUUGGUGACGAUUCACUUCCACCGGCCAUCUCAAUUGCCACAGAAGGUGGUGAGUUUGAGGAUGCAUUCUGGAAGGUCAAUGCUACUAGUGAGGUGGUGGACCAUACAGACUCAUCUGCUAAGUGCCAGGAGAAUAUGGAGGGGAAAAAUGGCUCGGUAACGCCAUGCUAUGACCCUUCAGUUCCCUCAGCAAUUCACGUUGAAGAGGGGGAAGGAGAGCUUGUGGAUGCAUUCUUGGAGGAUGCUGAUGCUAUCUGUCCGCGUGAUGCUGCCAAGGGCCAGGAGGAGCUACAGGAAAUGGAACUAGAAAUUGAGGAAACUGAAGGGUGUGUUCCAAAGAAGUACUACGAAUAUUUGCAGUCCCUGAAUGACAGGCAGCGGGAGGCUGCUUGUAGUGAUGUGACUAUUCCACUGAUGAUUGUUGCUGGUCCAGGGAGUGGAAAGACAUCAACAAUGGUUGGUCGGGUGCUCACACUUCUCAAAGAGGAAAUUCCACCAUCAAACAUUCUUGCUAUGACAUUCACAACUGCUGCUGCUUCUGAAAUGAGGGAUCGAAUUGGGGCAGUGGUGGGGAAAGCAGUUGCCAAGGAGAUUAUAAUAAGCACAUUUCACUCAUUCUGCUUGCAGCUUUGUAGGACCCAUGCUGAAAAGCUAGGCCGCACACCUGAAUUCAUAAUCUAUGGACAUGGACAGCAGAGGAGGGCUGUUAUUGAGGCAGAGCGUCUAUUAGAAAAUGACAUAAACAAUGAUCUAGGAGCUGCAAUUAAGCAUUGCAAUGGAGAUAUUAAAAAUUCUUUCAAGGACAAAGCUAAGAAAUGGCAGAAGUUUGUUACACAGGCGAAAGCUUCUGGUAGGACUCCUGAGGAGUAUGAAAAGAAGGGAAAUUUGACAGGAGCUUCAAUUCUUCGGCACUACAAUGAAAUAUUAAGGUCUUGUAAUGCUCUUGAUUACCAUGAUUUUAUUAAUUCGUCGAUAACCCUUCUCACAAAGUUUCCUGAAGUAUACGAAGAAUGCCAAAAUACAUGGCAGGCAAUAGUAGUCGAUGAGUUUCAGGAUACAAGCACUAUGCAAUAUUAUCUUUUAAAGACUCUAGCUUCCCACAAUCGCAUAACUAUUGUUGGUGAUGAAGAUCAGUCCAUCUUCAGUUUCAAUGGUGCUGAUGUCUCUGGCUUUGAUUCAUUUCGUAGAGAUUUUCCGAAUCACAAAGAGGUCAGAUUAAGCAAGAACUAUCGGUCUACACGGGCUAUUGUUGAAGCAGCAACAGCUUUAAUUCACAACAACACUAAAAGGCAAAGCCACAAACUUGUUGAGACUGACAAUCCCUCUGGGAAUAAGAUUACUGUUAAGGAGUGCCACAGUGAAGAUUCACAAUGUGCAUUUGUUAUUGACAAGAUUAUUGAAACUGCAUCAAGUUCAGCUGAAGGCUGUGAUUUUGGCAAAAUUGCUGUCCUAUAUCGGAGACAGAUUACUGGCAAAGCAUUCCAGACGUCCUUCCGCAACAGAAAAAUUCCUUUUAAUGUUCAUGGAGUGGCUUUCUACAGGAAAAAGGUUAUCAAAGCUAUUAUGGCCAUACUUAAAACUACAUUACCAGGCUGUGCUGAUGAUGGCCCAUGGCAUCAAGCCUUCAAGGCCCUUCUUCCUGGUGACAGGGAAGAAAAAAAGAAGGUUAUAAAUCAUAUUGAAAAGAUUUCAUUGGCUAGAAAGUGCAGCUUCAUAUCAACUGCUACUGACAUCUUCAGUGCAAAGGUCUCUGGUACCUUCAAAAGGGCACAGAUUACUCAAGGACGCAAGGUUUUAUCAGCCUUGGAUAGCCUAUCAAAACUUGUUCAGAGGGAACAAUCAGUUUCAGUGAUCAUUUCUUCUGCUGGAGAUAUGCUACCUCAGAAAUACCUGCUUGAAAAGCGUGCCAUUGUUGAUGCUGAUGGGGGUAAAUUACUAAAUGAAGAUAAUGAUAUCAGAUCAGUCAUUCAGUUUUUAAUGGAUGAUGUGUCUGACUUCUUGUCAACACAUUUUUCUAGUUCAGUGGAAACAAGCAAGACUGAGGAGAAAGGCUGUGCUUCUACACUUAAAUCCUUUAUUGAUUAUAUAUCUUUGAGAGAAACUGAAAACUUUCGAUCGCGGAAGGAGGAAAAUAAGAACUCUAUCACAUUAACGACUAUCCAUCAGUCAAAAGGUUUGGAGUGGGAUGUUGUGUUUAUUGUGCAGGCAAAUGAUUCAGAAAUUCCUUUAUUGCAUGAAUACAAUGGCACUGUGAAAGAAGCUGGAAGUACACUGGAGGAGGAGAGAAGGCUAUUCUAUGUUGCAAUGACACGAGCUCGAAAGAAAUUAUACAUCUUGCAUGUCACGAUUGACUCUAAUCGCCAGCUUCUGCAACCUUCACGCUUCCUCAGGGAGAUUCCUGUUCACCUUCUUGAUGUACAGGGUGAGGGAACUCCGAGAAAAACUCAUGAACAACCUUUGCACAUUCCAUUUGGUCAACCUGAAGGAGAUACAUCAGUUGAAAAGCCUAUUGCGGUGCAGAAUGAAACUUCACCUUUCCCAGAAAUAGAUCAGUCAUGUCUAGCUAAUGAUUUCUUGAAGAGGUUUGGAAUUGAUGAUAGAGCAGUAGUUUCACAUAUAUUUCAUCAUUGGGCCAAGAAACAGGCAUUUCAGAAUCCAAAAAGACUGCUUGAUAAGAUCAGUUUUGUUAUUGAUGAACGUGUACGAGGUAAAGGAUAUAAGCGCAAGGAUGUAUUGCGCAAGCUGAAAUCAUUCUUAAGUGGUGAUGAAGCGUUUGGUUAUGCACGAUAUGUUAUCAAGUGGGAGCAGAUUCCUAUUGACAAGAGGAGCCAUUUGAUGAGAGAAAGACAGGAACAUUUCCAAAAGCAGAGAAUAGAGAACUCCAUGGGUUCCUCGGAACCUACACCUAAGCAGAUAUCGUACCUCCGGAACCUGGGGUGCACCAUCACACCGACGUCCCGCCUGCACGCGUCGCAUCUUAUCGAGAAGUACAAAUCGCUCUGACCUGGGGUUCAGAAUUAGAGUCUCGUAUACUCGUUCAGCAACCUGAACUAUUUUAGUUGACAGUUCCUCUUAUCUGCUGUGCAUAGUGUACAUAUAUCGAUGCGGUUUACAUAUCUUGGGUGACAGUAUGUGGUUACAUAUACAAAGAUGUUCUUGGGCCACAAAGGCCAACCUGAAACACACCGUUUCUCUUUUCUGGCUCGGCCCACAGUAUACCCAAAGGUCAGGUCCGUCUAGGCUAUUCACCCUAGUGCCGUUCUUUCUGCGGCGGUCGGGGGAUUUAACUUUUUGCCACU